AUGCCCCAGAAUCCUCAGGAAAAGAGCCAGGCCUACCCCCGCCGCCGCCCUGGGAGCCACACAGGUCGUAAGAGCCCCGAGGUCGUCGCAGCUGCAACCAUGUACACCUUCUUGCCUGACAGCUUCUCGCCUACCAAGCCCAAGCCAUCCAAAGAGCUGAAGCCGCUGCUGGGCUCCGCAGUGCUGGGGCUGCUGCUGGUGUUGGCCGCGGUGGUGGCCUGGUGCUACUACAGCGCCUCUCUACGCAAGGCGGAACGCCUGCGCGCCGAGCUGCUGGACCUCAACCGCGGCGGCUUCUCCAUUCGCAACCAGAAGGGCGAGCAGGUCUUCCGCCUGGCCUUCCGCUCGGGCGCAUUGGACCUCGAUUCCUGCAGCCGCGAUGGCGCCCGGCUUGGCUGCUCUCGCACAGCGGAUGGGCGCCCGCUGCACUUCUUCAUCCAGACUGUGCGGCCCAAGGACACGGUCAUGUGCUACCGCGUGCGCUGGGAGGAGGCGGCGCCGGGGCGCGCGGUGGAGCACGCCAUGUUCUUGGGCGACGCGGGGGCGCACUGGUACGGCGGCGCGGAGAUGAAGACCCAGCACUGGCCCAUCCGCCUGGACGGCCAGCAGGAGCCUCAGCCCUUCGUCACCAGCGACGUCUACUCCUCCGACGCCGCAUUUGGAGGCAUCCUCGAGCGCUACUGGCUGUCGUCGCGCGCGGCUGCCAUCAAGGUCAACGACUCAGUGCCCUUCCACCUGGGCUGGAACAGCACGGAGCGCUCUCUGCGGCUGCAGGCACGCUACCACGACACGCCCUACAAGCCGCCCGCCGGCCGCGCUGCUGCGCCCGAGCUCAGCUACCGCGUGUGCGUCGGCUCCGAUGUCACUUCCAUCCACAAGUACAUGGUGCGGCGCUAUUUCAACAAGCCAUCGAGGGUGCCAGCGCCUGAGGCCUUCCGGGACCCCAUCUGGUCCACGUGGGUGCUGUACGGGCGCUCGGUGGACCAGGACAAGGUGCAGCGUUUCGCUCAGCAGAUCCGCCAGCACCGCUUCAACAGCAGCCAUCUGGAAAUCGACGACAUGUACACGCCUGCCUAUGGCGACUUCGACUUCGACGAGACCAAGUUUCCCAACGCCAGCGACAUGUUCCGCCGCCUGCGCGACGCUGGCUUUCGCGUCACGCUCUGGGUGCACCCGUUUGUCAACUACAACUCAUCGUGCUUUGGCGAAGGCGUGGAACGCGAGCUGUUUGUGCGUGAACCCACGGGCCGGCUGCCUGCUCUCGUGCGCUGGUGGAAUGGCAUCGGCGCCGUGCUCGACUUCACGCGCCCGGAGGCCCGCGACUGGUUUCAGGGGCAUCUGCGGCAACUGCGUUCGCGCUACGCCGUGGCCUCCUUCAAGUUCGACGCUGGAGAGGUCAGCUAUUUGCCGCGGGAUUUCAGCACCUACAGGCCGCUGUCCGACCCCAACAUAUGGAGCCGGCGCUACACGGAGAUGGCGCUGCCCUUCUUCUCACUGGCCGAGGUCCGUGUGGGCUACCAGUCACAGAACAUCUCGUGCUUCUUCCGCCUGGUGGACCGUGACUCGGUGUGGGGCUACGAUCUGGGGCUGCGCUCGCUCAUCCCCGCCGUGCUCACUGUCAGCAUGCUGGGCUACCCGUUCAUCCUGCCCGAUAUGGUGGGUGGCAACGCGGUGUCUGAGCGCACAGUGAGCGGCGGCGAUGUGCCCGAGCGCGAGCUCUACGUGCGCUGGCUGGAAGUGGCCGCCUUCAUGCCAGCUAUGCAGUUCUCCGUUCCACCCUGGCGGUACGACGCCGAAGUGGUGGCCAUCGCGCACAAGUUCACUACACUGAGGGCCUCACUCGUGGCGCCGCUGUUGCUUGAGCUGGCUGGUGAGGUCACUGACACGGGAGACCCCAUCGUGCGCCCCCUCUGGUGGAUCGCGCCCGGCGACGAGACUGCGCACCGCAUCGACUCACAGUUCCUUAUCGGAGACACGCUGCUUGUGGCGCCGGUACUGGAGCCAGGCAAGCAGGAGCGGGACGUCUACCUGCCCGCAGGCAAGUGGCGCAGCUAUAAGGGUGAGCUUUUCGACAAGACGCCAGUGCUACUCACGGAUUACCCCGUUGACCUGGACGAGGUCGCCUACUUCAUCUGGGCAUCCUGACCCAGCCCAGGACCCAGAAACCCCACAGCCCUAACCCCAGUCUUCGUGUAGGCCUCUAACCCUGCAUUGCAGCCACACCGGGUAUCCCCAGGAAGUCCCCACCUCUGUACCACCCACUAAGUGGGUACUGAAGUAAAUGUGCUGGAGCCAGCUCCUGUAGGGCCAGGGGAGAAGAUGCUAAAGCAACCUCCCACUCCAGUGCACAGCCCUCUUUCUCUCCAUACUCACUCCAGUCUACAGAAACCUCUUCCCUGGGCUGGGGGCAAGAGAGCAC